GCCGAGUUGGCACAUGCAACCAUAACAGAACAUCUGAGGGGAUUAUAGCCGCUCGGAGGACUUUAAAAAGGGAAAGUCGGACAGAGGAAAUCCACAACUGAGAAACAAGCGAAGCUCAUCAGACAGCAUCAGAGAAAACACGCUGAGACUUCAACUAAAGUAACUCAUCGAAAUGGCAGAUGUUGCAGUUCCCGCUGACAGGAAGGCUCCUCCCAAAUUCAAGGCGAGGGCCGCUCGUACCUUCAAGAGCAAGGCGCCUAAACCCGGCCAGAAGGGAUUCGGAGACGACAUCCCCGGCAUGGAGGGUCUCGGCACAGACAUCACAGUGGUUUGCCCAUGGGAAGCCUACGGGGACCUGGAGCUCGGCGACCUGGCGAAAUAUGGAAUAGUUUAGUCCUCUUCCCUCUCCCUUUACCCAAACUGCUACUAUUGUCCCUCAUGUAUUCUAACUGUUGACUGAGCAGCUGAACAUCUUGUACUUGUGCGCUCUACAGAGGAGCUAGCUUUUGAUUAUUUAAAGAUUUGACCUGGAAUAAAAGAAAUCUAGCACUCCC